AUGUCCGCCGCAGUCGCCCCAGCUGGAGACGCCCAGGUCGACCAUCUCAAGUCACUCAUACAACAGAACGCGAAGAGAUCAAGAGCGCUCUUUGCAGAGAGCCAAAACAAGCAAGAUGAUUCGAAUAUCACAGAAGCCGCAGAACGACUCGCGAUAGCAUCACGUAUCCACGCCGAAUAUGACAGUGUGAAGGAGCUACCGCCUGCUCUCGCAGCUAAAAUGGCAAGCGCGUCAGGCCCGCGAAAGAAGCCAAAGACCGCCCGGGCAGAGGAGGUUGCCACCGAUACGAAAACGAUGAAGCUUAUAGAAGGGGUAGUCUCGAGGGACAGCGACGCUGGCAGUUCAUCAACGGCAUUGACGGUUCGAGGGAGGCCUGCUGCAGGAAAUUUACCGCCGAAUGCCAAUGGACCUACGCUACAAAAGGAUCUGCCAUCUUCGAGCAUGGUUCGCAAACAGACGGUUGUUCACGUUAAACCCGAAUGGCACGCUCCUUGGAAGCUUAUGCGCGUUAUUUCAGGGCAUCUAGGGUGGGUUAGAAGUUUGGCUGUUGAACCAGAGAAUAAAUGGUUUGCAAGCGGGGCUGGGGAUCGCACGAUUAAGAUUUGGGAUCUUGCGACGGGGUCACUGAAAUUGACCUUGACGGGGCAUAUAUCGACUGUGAGAGGCCUGGCAGUUUCACCACGGCACCCAUAUCUCUUUUCUUGCGGAGAGGAUAAAAUGGUGAAGUGCUGGGACUUGGAAACGAAUAAGGUUAUCCGUCAUUACCACGGCCACCUAAGUGGUGUCUAUACGCUGGCCCUCCACCCGACUCUAGAUGUUCUGGUUACCGGUGGCCGUGAUGGCGUGGCAAGAGUUUGGGAUAUGAGGACGAGGAGUAACAUUCACGUCCUCGGUGGGCAUAAGGGUACGGUUGCCGAUCUCAAGUGUCAAGAGGCAGACCCUCAGGUCAUCACCGCAUCCCUCGACUCUACAGUGCGGUUGUGGGAUCUGGCAGCAGGCAAGACGAUGGGUGUUCUUACCCAUCACAAGAAGGGCGUAAGAGCUUUAGCAGUCCAUCCGAAAGAGUUUACUUUCGCAAGCGGAAGUACUGGGAGUAUCAAACAGUGGAAGUGUCCUGAAGGAGCGUUCAUGCAAAAUUUCGAGGGCCAAAAUUCGAUUAUUAAUACGCUGGCCGUUAAUGAGGAUAAUGUUCUAUUUUCUGGUGGUGAUAAUGGAUCAAUGAGCUUUUGGGAUUGGAAAUCGGGUCACAGAUACCAAUCCCUGGACACUACAGCACAGCCAGGUUCGCUCAAUGCCGAAGCGGGAAUUAUGAGCUCGACAUAUGACCGGACCGGUCUUCGUUUGAUUUGCGGAGAAGCAGAUAAGACUAUCAAAGUAUGGAAACAAGAUGAAACGGCGACUCCGGAGACGCAUCCGCUGGAAUGGAAACCAACUUUAGGCAGGCAAAAGUUUUGA